CUGGGUGGCGUGCUGGUUCAACCAGGUUUGGUGACGCAACCAUCGGCAGAGGAGAGGAAGAGAGGCCGAGAGGACGGCAGAUACCGCACCUUCAACCAAGGUAAAGCAUGGCAAUGACUGGCCCAAGCUCGUGCUCCUCCAUGAGUAACCACACCAAGGAGCGGGUCACUAUGGCCAAAGUGACCCUGGAGAACUUCUACAGCAACCUCAUUGCCCAGCACGAGGAGAGAGAGAUGAGGCAGCAGAAGCUGGAGAAAGUGAUGGAUCAGGAGGGCUUGGCAGAUGAAGAGAAACGUAUCCGGCGUUCUCAGCAUGCAAGGAAAGAGACUGAGUUCUUGCGUCUGAAACGGACUCGCCUGGGUCUGGAGGACUUUGAGUCCCUGAAGGUGAUUGGCCGGGGAGCUUUUGGAGAGGUUCGUCUGGUGCAGAAGAAAGACACCGGACAUGUGUAUGCCAUGAAGAUCCUUCGUAAAGCCGACAUGCUGGAGAAGGAGCAGGUUGGUCAUAUUCGAGCGGAGCGGGACAUUCUGGUGGAGGCUGACAGCCUGUGGGUGGUCAAAAUGUUCUACAGCUUCCAGGAUAAGAUGAACCUCUACUUAAUUAUGGAGUUCCUUCCUGGAGGUGACAUGAUGACUCUGCUGAUGAAGAAGGACACUUUGGCGGAGGAGGCCACUCAAUUCUACAUCGCUGAGACGGUGCUGGCAAUCGACUCCAUCCACCAGCUGGGCUUCAUCCACAGAGACAUCAAACCAGACAACCUGCUGCUGGACUCCAGGGGUCAUGUGAAACUGUCUGACUUUGGUCUGUGCACGGGGCUGAAGAGGGCUCACCGUACCGAGUUUUACAAGAACCUGAACCACAGCCUGCCCAGUGACCUCAGUAAGCAAACCUUCCAGAACAUGAACUCCAAGAGGAAAGCAGAGACGUGGAAGAGGAACAGGAGGCAGCUGGCAUUCUCCACUGUAGGAACCCCCGACUACAUCGCUCCAGAAGUCUUCAUGCAAAAUGGAUACAACAAGCUGUGCGAUUGGUGGAGCCUGGGUGUCAUCAUGUACGAGAUGCUGAUAGGUUACCCUCCGUUCUGCUCGGAGACGCCUCAGGAGACGUACAGGAAGGUGAUGAACUGGAGAGAGACGCUGACCUUUCCCCCAGAAGUGCCUAUAUCAGAGAAGGCCAAAGACCUGAUCCUGAGGUUCUGCUGUGAGGAGGAGCACCGAGUCGGUGCUGCAGGUGUGGAGGAGAUCAAGUCCAAUCCUUUCUUUGAGGGGGUGGACUAUGACCAUAUCAGAGAGCGACCAGCUGCCAUUCCUAUCGAGAUCAAGAGCAUCGACGACACCUCCAACUUCGACGAGUUCCCCGACUCCGACAUCCUCACACCAACAGUCGCCCCAGUGUCCAACCAGAGCGAGGUGGACCUGAAGAACAAAGACUGGGUCUUCAUCAACUACACAUACAAACGCUUCGAAGGCCUGACUGCUCGGGGAGCGAUACCGUCCUACAUGAAGUCUGGCAAGAGAUGAGCACCUCCACACGGGCUCUUAACCGACACCCCUCCAAACCCUGAAGAGAGUCGUCCAAGGAGAGGAGCACCAGCGUGUUCCCUGAGGAUCCUCGGUCACACAGAACUCUGAGAAUAAUAAUAAAAAGGGGGGCUCAGUUUCACCCGCUACUUCUCCCAGCAACUGCUGCCUUGAUUUCUGCAGGUGUUCACCUUUCUACUUCCUGCUCUCACGUGAGGGCCGAAGUGGAAUUAAAGUGAUUCUCUCUGCUUGCCUUUCUAUGUUCCCCACUGGAUGCACCCCAGAUACCAGCACCCUUUUACAUUCCCUAUCCCAAUCCAGCAUCUUCUCCUCUCCAACCAGGACAUUGCGCCGCUCUACUUCCUUCAUGUGGACUCACCAACUCGGACAUGGUCACUUGUGGAAGUGAAUCAGGGAUUUUGUCCAAAUGUGUGUCUUUAUGAUUGUCCUCUGAAAGUGCUACUUGUUUCUGUCCUUAACCAAAGACUGAGCUGAAUGCUAUUUCUGCUUGAUCUCGCUGUUUCCUCCCCUAAUUUUGAGUUGCAUUUUGUAUUCGCAGGUGUUGCUUGUUUUUAAAAGAGUGAUGCAUUUUGUAGACACAAGAGCCUCGUUACAUUUUGUCACAGAGACCCACUGAAGUAGUGCACCUUAUGUGCUGUUUUAUUCAGCAGAGUCUACAGCGCAUUCCGGAGUGGGUUUUGGAUUGUGUUUUUUUAAUUUUUUUUAAUUGGAAUGCACCAUUUGAGUUGUAAUGAACGUGAUGCAGACCUUUACCGUGGGGGGGAGGGGAAGAAACUAACGAAUGCAAUUGUUGUAGUCCCAGCAGCUGUUGUGAGCCGUUCGAGCCACUCUGCCUCUUUUAGCAGGAAACGUCAGUGAGCCGUGAACAACUGAACUCACCACAAGGCAGCCACAGUGUGGACUCACUUUUUAAAUAAAGACGCACCGGGCUAAGCAUCUUCCAGUGAACACCAUAUCCAACAUGCUGUCAUUUAAUAUGAAUGUAAAUUAAGUCUUACACAAUUAUUCCAAAAUGCUGUUUGUGUGAAUGUAGCCUGGACCAUUCAGUUUCUCUUUCUGUUAUUAUUUAUCUGUAUCAGAGCACAUGGCGUAGAGCCAUGGAAGUCCAUUUCCCAAGAAACAAGGGAUUUUCAGCAAAUAUUGAUAAUCCUGACAAACUUUUGAUUUGAUCAGCAUUUACUUCAUUAACUCAGAUCUCCUAAUUCUAAUGUCUGUCGUAGGGACAUUAAUCAGGAAUUAUCUGAUGUUUACAGCUUUCAAAAUGGUUUCCUUGUUUUUUACACUCGCAUAGUUUGAAUUUUUCAGAGAUCACUUUUAAAGCGACCCAUUAUUUUAUUGAUUUUUUUUUUUCUCAUGUUUUUU